AUGCUGGUUGCUGAGGAUUUCGAGUGCAACAUCUGCUUCGAGUUAGCUCAGGAUCCAAUUGUGACCCUGUGUGGCCAUCUCUACUGCUGGCCAUGUCUCUACAGAUGGCUUCACCACCACUCCAACUCCCAAGAGUGCCCUGUUUGCAAGGCUCUAAUUCAGGAAGAGAAGUUGGUCCCUCUCUACGGCAGAGGCAAAACGCAGGCCGACGAUCCUCGCUCCAGAUCGUAUCCAGGCAUCACUGACACCCCUCCAAGGCCAGCCGGGCAGAGGCCGGAGACCGCCCCGCGUCCUGCACCAGACAAUGCUUUCGGCAACUUCAGGUUUGGACCACUGGGAGGAGGAGGGUUUGCUCCGAUGGCAACUGGAAGGAUCGGAAACUUCAUGUGGUCGGGUGGAUUUGGUUUCGGUGGGUUUUCUCUGUUCCCAUCAUUGUUCAAUAUCCAGUUCCACGGGUUCCACGAUGCUGCUGCCUAUGGAACUGCUCCUGGUUUCCAUCAUGGGUUCCAUAACUUCCACGGUGGCCACGCCAACUGGUUCCCACCACCGAGGAAUCGACAGAACCAGACUGAUAAUGCUUUGAAGAACCUGCUUCUGCUGAUUGGUUUAUUCGUACUUGUCACGGUUGUGUUUGGGUUGCACUAA